AUGGCGGCUGGGGGCCUGGGCGGCGGGGCCCUCCCGGGCUGGCUGCGGGGCUCCGACCGGGCCGUGCUGGCCCGGCUGCGGGGCUGGGCCGUGGUGCGGCCCGAUUUCCUCAGCGUGGACGAAGAGGCCGCCCUGAGCCGGGAGCUGGACCCGCAACUCCGCCGCCGCCGCUACCAGUUCGACCACUGGGACGCGGCCAUCCACGGCUUUCGGGAAACGGAAAAGUCGCGCUGGUCGGAGCCGAGUCGAGCCAUCCUGCAGCGGGUCCGGGCCGCCGCCUUCGACCCAAACCAACCCCAGUUGCCCCUGGUCCACGUCCUGGACCUGGACCAAAGUGGCUACAUCAAGCCCCACGUCGACAGCGUCAAGUUCUGCGGCAGCACCAUCGCGGGCCUCUCCUUGCUCUCCGCCAGUGUCAUGCGCUUGGUUGACUCCCGUGAUCCCCAGCAGUGGCUGGAGCUCUUGUUGGAACCGCGUUCCCUCUACAUCCUCAGGGGCCCUGCCCGCUACGACUUCUCCCACCAGAUCCUGCGGGACCAGGAGUCCUUCUUUGCAGGACGCAAAGUGCCUCGAGGUCGCCGCAUCUCCGUUAUUUGCCGUUCCCUCCCCGAGGGUGACCGCGGCCCAGACUUGCCCCCGCCAGUGCCUCCCCUUGCCUCCUGACCCGGGGGCCCCUUGGGAAGCAGGGGGCCCAGGAGACCGGGCCGCUCCCCCUCGCCUAUGUUAUUUAUGAAUAAAGUCACAUUUU